CUCAGCGAGUCCACAUCGGAGUAACAAGGAUAUAUCGAAUAUAUCAAAAAUACCACAAACCGAACAAAAUAACAAAAACCAUAUAACCCAAAAGACAUUCGUGCUUAGUGCCAAGUGUCCGAAGUGAAAACCGAAAUCUGUGCAAACACCCCAAAAGUUUUUAAAAAAUCGCCAAAAUUACGCCCCACAUCGGUAUGCAGUCGUCGGAGGGUUCACCAGACAUGAUGGAUCAGAAGUACAACAGCGUGCGCCUUUCGCCAGCGGCAUCAAGUCGCAUUCUAUACCAUGUGCCCUGCAAAGUGUGCAGAGAUCACAGUUCCGGCAAACACUACGGCAUCUAUGCCUGUGAUGGCUGUGCUGGAUUCUUCAAGAGGAGCAUUCGCCGAUCCCGCCAAUAUGUGUGCAAAUCCCAGAAGCAGGGACUCUGCGUGGUGGACAAGACACAUAGGAAUCAGUGCCGUGCCUGCAGAUUGAGGAAAUGCUUCGAGGUGGGCAUGAACAAGGAUGCUGUGCAGCAUGAGCGGGGCCCAAGGAACUCCACCCUGCGUCGCCAUAUGGCCAUGUACAAGGAUGCCAUGAUGGGUGCCGGUGAGAUGCCCCAGAUCCCCGCUGAAAUCCUAAUGAACACCGCUGCCCUAACUGGUUUCCCUGGAGUUCCGAUGCCAAUGCCCGGUCUGCCCCAGAGACCCCAUCAUCCGGGACAUUUGGCCGGGUUCCAACCUCCUCCAUCGGCUGCCGCUGUCUUGGAUUUAUCCGUGCCACGAGUGCCCCACCAUCCGGUGCACCAGGGUCACCAUGGUUUCUUCUCGCCCACCGCCGCCUACAUGAAUGCCCUGGCCACUCGGGCCCUGCCGCCGACUCCUCCUCUCAUGGCAGCCGAACAUAUCAAGGAAACCGCCGCCGAGCAUCUCUUCAAGAACGUCAACUGGAUCAAGAGUGUGAGGGCCUUCACCGAGCUGCCCAUGCCCGAUCAGCUGCUUCUGCUGGAGGAGUCCUGGAAGGAGUUCUUCAUCCUGGCCAUGGCCCAGUACCUGAUGCCCAUGAACUUCGCCCAGCUGCUGUUUGUCUACGAGUCGGAGAAUGCCAACCGUGAGAUCAUGGGCAUGGUGACCCGUGAGGUGCACGCCUUCCAGGAUGUCCUGAAUCAAUUGUGCCAUUUGAACAUCGAUAGCACCGAGUACGAAUGUUUGAGGGCCAUCUCGUUGUUCCGCAAAUCCCCGCCGGCAGCCAGUUCCACCGAGGAUUUGGCCAACAGUUCGAUACUGACCGGCAGUGGCAGUCCCAAUUCGUCGGCUUCGGCGGAAUCAAAGGGUCUGUUGGAGUCGGGAAAAGUGGCGGCCAUGCAUAAUGAUGCCAAGAGUGCGCUGCAUAACUACAUCCAGAGGACACAUCCCGCCCAGCCGAUGCGAUUCCAAACUCUCUUGGGAGUUGUCCAACUGAUGCACAAGGUCUCCAGCUUCACCAUCGAGGAGCUGUUCUUCCGGAAGACCAUCGGCGAUAUUACCAUCGUGCGACUGAUCUCCGAUAUGUACAGCCAGCGGAAGAUCUGAAAAGCAUGUAGCAUAUACACUAACAACGCCGCACUCGAAGUGCCUUCCAAGUGCUGGGAACUGUGAUAAUCUCGGAAGAAGCGCUUUGGACAAUAUUCAAUCAGUGAGCGCUUACGCAUCUCCAGGAGUCGAGCCUUAAAACAACAUAAACAACACUCACCUUAAAUACCUUAACCGAACUCAAACUAAUAUUAGGUUUAGUCUCUCAGACCAUCCAGAUGUGUUUCAAAUUGCAUUCGCAAAAGUUUCAACUUUGCCUGUUAAAUACGUCAAUCGUAGUUUAGUUAAAAACUCU